CCUGGGACAGCCAGACCUCCUGUGGUCUUGGGUGAGAAGUUGUCCCCUCCAUGCCCCCAUGCGUGUGUUCCUGGGGCAUCCCUGAGGUGUGGGGCACCUGUGUGCUGAGGGCUGUGCUGGUGGUCCCCGGUUCACUCUCUGCCUGGAUGCAAACCAUUCUUCCUCGGUAUCUAUGCUAGCUGUGAUGCCUGUGGCCUGAGACCAGGCCUCCCCACUUGGUUUCUCUGAGAUUCCAGAAGGAUGAGUUAACAUUCACAUUCCUAUUGGCCUAUGUGUACCUGAUCAUGCCUCAUGGAUUUCCAUUCUAAGACCUGAAAAUGUUCGGUGUGACAGUGGAGUCAGUUCCAUCAACAUUCAUGUCCCCAGUGGCUGGGCUGGACCUACAUGUAUACCUGUGCCACACCUGGUCCCACCUGCUAACUUCCUGCCCUGCCUGCCUUUGGAGCAGGCACCUCAGGGAGGUCCCACCUGCUUCCAGAGUGCUCCCUGCUGCAUUUACCCGUGCCCUUCUCCUAGUAGCUGCAUGGAGGUUCUGCUGUCAACACCCCCCACCCCCACUCAACACCCUCGCCCUUCACAGGCACUUCCCGCAGCAAUGAAGAGGCCAAACUGAAGCAAGUGAAGUGGGCAGGGGCAGCCGUGUUGGUAGAAAGGGGAGGCAACGCCUGUCUUCGCUGGUGGUUAAGGAAGGUCAGACCCAUCUACAUCUAUUGAGGGGUCCCUAGUGGAGAAGUGAGAGGCUGCACUUCCUGAUGGGAUUCCUGCCGCUUUGGGAAAGCCACUUGGCAGGUGUUUUGAGAGGUUUUUUUUCGACUGGGAACAAAUCCCAGGGGAGAAUCCAAAGGAUGAGGGGGCCUCAGAUGUGCCAGGCUAUUCCUGACAGCAAGAGGCUGCAAUUGGCCAUCGGGCCACGUGGCCCUGGCAAGCCCAAAGAGCUGCCCUAAAGCCAUCCUUUGAGGCUGUCUUCUGGAGUGGCUCCCCAUGUGGAGUCAAAACUGUGUCUGUGCUGAGAUUAGGAUCUAGUGUACUUCCCCAGAUAGACGGACAGGUGCCAAGGGCAUCCCAGAAACGGGGCAAGGGCAGGUGGUCUGUGGGGGCAGUGGCGAAGGGGGAUAGAAGACAGCUUGUGAAGGAGCCGCCUGGGGUCUUUUUGGUCUGUUUUUCCUCCCGAUGUCCUUACCUCUGGCCCCUCCCCUGCCGUAAGGCUUUGGUGCUGUCUGGCCAGCUCCCUGCCCAGCUCCCUGCCCAUUCUUCUCCAGCUCUUUUCUGCUUUUCAGCAUGGAGGUCAGUCUCCAGCCCAGAUGGACACAGCUCAUUCUGCCACAUCCUUUUUUGACCUCCCUGGGAGGCCACCUUAGAUCCGGAACAUGGUGGCGGUGCUGGAAGUCAUCUCCAGCCUGGAGAAAUACCCCAUUACCAAAGAGGCACUUGAGGAAACACGACUUGGGAAGCUCAUCAACGACGUCCGCAAGAAAACCAAGAACGAGGAGCUCGCCAAGCGGGCCAAGAAGCUGCUGCGGAGCUGGCAGAAGCUCAUCGAGCCAGCGCACCAGCAUGAGGCAGCACUGCGGGGGCUGGCGGGGGCCACUGGCUCUGCCAACGGGGGUGCACACAACUGCCGGCCGGAGGUGGGGGCGGCUGGCCCGCCCAGGAGCAUCCAUGACCUGAAGAGCCGCAAUGACCUCCAGAGGCUGCCUGGGCAGCGGCUGGACAGGCUGGGCAGCCGCAAGCGCCGGGGUGACCAGCGUGACCUCGGCCACCCAGGGCCGCCACCUAAGGUCUCCAAAGCUAGCCACGACCCCCUGGUCCCCAACUCAUCCCCCCUCCCCACCAAUGGGAUCAGUGGGAGUCCAGAGAGCUUCCCUGGCUCCCUGGAUGGCAGUGGGCAUGCAGGCCCAGAGGGCGGCCGCCUGGAGCGUGGCGAGAAUGACAAGCACAGUGGCAAGAUCCCCGUCAACGCUGUGCGGCCGCACACCAGCUCCCCGGGCCUGGGCAAGCCCCCUGGACCCUGCUUGCAGCCAAAGGCUUCGGUACUGCAGCAGUUGGACAGGGUGGAUGAGACUCCGGGGCCUCCCCACCCCAAGGGGCCCCCUCGCUGCUCUUUCAGUCCCCGGAACUCACGGCAUGAGGGCUCCUUUGCCCGACAGCAGAGCUUGUAUGCACCCAAGGGCUCCGUGCCCAGCCCCUCACCGCGGCCCCAGGCGCUCGAUGCCACACAGGUGCCGUCACCGCUUCCACUGGCACAGCCGUCCACACCCCCUGUACGGCGGCUUGAGCUGCUGCCCAGUGCGGAAAGCCCAGUGCGCUGGCUUGAGCAGCCGGAAAGCCACCAGCGGCUGGCGGGGCCGGGCUGCAAGGCAGGGCUGUCCCCAGCCGAGCCCCUCCUGUCCCGGGCGGGCUUCUCCCCAGACUCCUCCAAGGCGGACAGUGACGCUGCCUCCUCAGGGGGCUCGGACAGUAAAAAGAAGAAGAGGUACCGGCCUCGAGACUACACGGUUAACUUGGACGGGCAGGUGGCUGAGGCGGGCGUCAAGCCUGUCCGGUUAAAAGAGCGGAAGCUCACCUUUGACCCCAUGACAAGACAGAUCAAACCUCUGACCCAGAAAGAGCCAGUGCGGGCAGACAGCCCUGUGCACAUGGAGCAGCAGUCCAGGACAGAGCUGGACAAGCAGGAGGCCAAGGCCAGCCUCCAGAGCCCCUUUGAACAGACGAACUGGAAGGAGCUGUCACGCAACGAGAUCAUCCAGUCCUACCUGAGCCGGCAGAGCAGCCUGCUCUCAUCGUCGGGCGCGCAGACCCCGGGGGCUCACCACUUCAUGUCUGAGUACCUGAAGCAGGAGGAGAGCACCCGGCAAGGGGCCAGGCAGCUGCACGUGCUGGUGCCUCAAAGCCCGCCCACAGACCUCCCCGGGCUGACCCGGGAUAUCACACAGGACGAUCUCGACAGAAUCCAGGCCAGCCAGUGGCCGGGGGUGAACGGGUGUCAGGACACACAGGGUAACUGGUAUGACUGGACGCAGUGCAUAUCGCUUGAUCCGCACGGCGAUGACGGGCGCUUGAACAUUCUGCCUUAUGUCUGUUUGGACUGACCGGCCCGUCAGCCACGAAGUGCAUUCCCAUCUUGCAGAAGCCGGGCGGGCGGGCAGGCAGGUGGGCGGGUGGCCGGGGCCCAGCUGCCUCCUGCGCUGGGAACUCGGGGAGUCCAGCCCGGGCAGGAGGGAGGGGGCGGGAGUCACGCGGUCUCUCUGCGCUCUUCCCUCAAAACUCUCCUUUUGUGAAAUGCUGCUACCAGUUUACUAACAAAAUUGCGAAGGAAGGACCGCGUGGAAGGAAGGAGGGCAAAGUGAGUUCAGAACUCUAUAGCAAACCAGCUAUAAAAAGCGUUAGUCCCUCACCCCUGAAGAGGUGCGGACGCUUUCCAGCACCUGAAAGCUGGGACCUCAGUUGCAGGCAGGCACAGAAAACCUGUGGAGAGGUUACCUUUAACACAGCAACAGAAGCACGCAUCUCAUUUCUCUUGCAUUUUCUGUUCUUUAAUUUGGCCCUGAGUGUCUGUGAGACAGUGGGCCAUGCUGCCUCUGUUUGCUCCCUACUCAGCCACUGUCAGGUCAGUGUUGUCCGUCAUGUGCCAGAAGCUUCUCAGCUGUAGUGAGCCACUGGCAUUGGGCAGGCGGGCCAGCUGGCCAGCCAGGGUGACCCACACUCCAUGGGCAGCCACCUGUUUAUAUCUGGUUUCAGUUAUAACCCCGUUUUUAAAGAAAUGCUGCAAAAAUUUAAGUUUUUUCAUGUUUAUUUUAACAACUUCUUCCAUCAGACCACCAGACAAAAAAAAACCUUUCCUUUCUUCCUCCCUUUCUUUUUUCCCUUCCUGUAUACAUCUAGAAAACUUCACCUUUCUAGAGUCCUCCCAAAACAACACAAAAGUUACCGUGGGUGCUACUGGUUUUAUGCUGUACUGUGGGGCGAGGGGGAAGACCUGUCUGUACGCUGGAAACACUCAUAACCAUUCCUUUAGAUUCGUUUGCCUUAUGGUUAUUUGUCAUAAACGCGAUUUGCAAAAACAAGGAGCCUUAGUGAAUGUACAGUACCUAGACUUCUGUGUUCUCAGGACGCAGAAGGGAGCAACUUUGCUAUUUGGUCCAGUAAGUGGACACCUUGUGAUAUAAAUGUGGAAAUAAAAAAAAAAAAAAACCAUUUGCACAAA